CACGUGACUAUUUUGACGUUUAAAUGGCGGUCGUAUGGCAUGCAGUCGAUUUUGCUGGUUUACUUGCAUUGUUGCACUUGUGCUUUUCGUUGUAGAGUUGGUGUUAAAAUUGUUUUAUUUAGUUACUUGUACCCUUUGAAAAACUGUCUUUUUCAAGACAACAUUGCAAUAUUAUUUGUGAGAGUCGGACUUUUGUUUUUAUUACAAAUAUGGCUUUAAAAGAAAGUUCGUAUUUGGACCAACUAAGAAUAAGCUCUCCUGAAGCCGCAGAUAGAUAUUUGGACAAAAUCAAACAACUUAACUGUGAUCCAUAUGCUCUAAGUGAAGUCGAUUUUGAUUAUGGACUUACCUAUGUGCCACCAAUAGCUUCCAUGGACAUUCUGACCUAUAUUGUUUUUACUCACAGCUUUUAUACCCAUGAACAAAUGAGAGCUUAUAAAAGUUUAGCAGCUUACAAAUAUUUCAAGUCUGGCUUUGUAGAAAAAGUGGGUUUUAAAGUUAUUAAUGAUCUGGUGCUUUUAAUAGGCAAGGUGCAGCAUUCAAUGAGAGCUAGAGAAACCAAAUUAAGAGUUUGGAUUAUCGCUGAAACAGGUGGUAGUAUUUGUACUGCGCAUUGUACUUGCAUGGCAGGUCUUGGGGAAGUAUGUAGCCAUGUUACAGCAGUUUUGUACGCUGCAGAGCAUGCAGCAUAUUUGAAGCAGCAGAAAAAUGAAAAGAAUGUAGCGUGUACAGAUGUCAAAUCAACUUGGCCAGUUCCAACGCAAAGUGGUACACAUCCAAUAGAAGCUGCUUCACUAGACUGGGGGAAAGUGAUAGAAGAAAAAAAUUAUAAGGAAAUUCCUCCAAUGGAUGAUAGCGAAAUGUUGGACUUGCUGCAAGAAUUGCAAAAUUCCAAUUGUGACGCUGUUUUGAUGAGGCAUGUAGAGCCAUUUGCGUCACAACUGUCAGAUGAAAAUAAUGAAAAAGUUAGUAUACCAGUCCUUUUUAAUGUGUACCAUAAAAAAUAUGAAAAAAUGCCUCUAGAUGAUCUCAUUCAACUAGGUAUGAAAUGUAAAAUGGAGGUAACCCAGAAUAUACGAAGAGAAAUAGAAGAUAAGACACAGGACCAAAGGAAAUGUGCAGAGUGGUAUAGACAAAGGACUGGUAGAGUAACAGCUUCAAUUUUUAAAGAUGUCUGUAGAACCAAUGUGGAGAAACCAUCCCUAUCUUUGAUCAAAUCAAUAUGUUACCCUCGCAAAAUUUCUACAAGGGCAAUAAGAUGGGGGAUAAAUCACGAACAGCUGGCAAUUGAUGCUUAUAAAAAAGAAACUAGCAGGAAUCAUAGAGACUUUAUAGUGAAUACAAUUGGCUUGGUAGUGUGCAUGAAAUGGCCUCAGUUAGGUGCCUCACCUGAUGGAUUUGUGUAUUGUGACUGUUGUGCUGCGGGUACCUUAGAAGUAAAGUGUCCAUUUUCUCUUCGAGAAAAUGGAAAUUUACAGGAGUAUGCAAGUCGAAAGGACUCCUGUCUUGAAUGUGAUAAAACUGGUACAGUAAAAAUGAAUAAAAAACAUAAGUACUAUUACCAGGUGCAAGCACAAAUAUUUAUUUGUAAACUUAAUUAUUGUGACUUUGUUGUCUGGUGUCCUAAUUUUAUAUUUAUCGAAAGAGUUUUACCAGACAUAAAAUUUUGGGAAGAAAUUAAAGAUAAAGUCCUAAAUUUUCAUGCAAAAGUAAUUAUGCCUGAACUUUUAGGACGUUAUUACACUUCCAGAGUACCAGGUGGCAAUAUAACAAAGUGGUGUUUUUGCAAUAAUGUCGAUGAUGGCCAACCUAUGGUUCAAUGCUCAUAUGAGAAUUGUAAUAUUUUCUGGUUCCAUAUUGGGUGUGUAAAUUUAUUAGAAAAACCCAAAACUAGGUGGACAUGUUCAAUAUGCAACCAGAAACUAUUUCAUGAUUAUGCCACAUAAAAUUUUAAUGGUUCAUGUUUCCAUUAUUUUCAUAAUCAUUAUUGAGUCCAUUCACUCUCUUCUUCCAUUUCGCACUUUCUGCACCAUGGUUCAUUCACCUUACUUGUCACCAUUUCAGUGACCGUUUUCAUCUCUCGUUUAUUGAGGUUCAUGAAACUGUUUGAGUUUUUUAUUAAUAUUCUUGAUUAUUUUUUUUUAUUUAGUCUAGACU